AUGGAUGAGGGGCCCCUUGACGAAGACGGGGGGCCCCCACUGUCCCGCUCGGGGGGGCCCCUGUCUCGGAUCGCCCCUGUCAGGUUUUCUCCGUGUUUGCAGCUGCUGCAGAGGCUACUGGACGCGAAGGGAGACAGCCAGAUUAGGGGCCUUGCAGGCAUUGCAGACCAGAGGCAGCAGCAGCAGCAGCAACAACAACAACAGCACCUGCUGCCGAGUGAUGGCACGACCCCACGCAGCCCCGCAGCAAACGCUGCGGCUGAAGGGGACGAUAUGAGCGUUAAUAGCAGCGGCAGCAACAGCAGCAACCAGGGCAGCAGCAGCAGCAGCAGCAGGAGAUGGCUCUCAGUGCGUGAAGGAACCACGAAAGCCUCCGCCGUCUCUCCAGGGGCCUCCCGCUGGGGCCUCUGUAGCCCCCGAGAUGGGGGAGCGACCACUUUUAUUGGAGCUACUGCUGCUGCUGCUGCUGCUGCUGCCUCUGAAGGUUUGCUGGCUGAGUCGGAAGCAGCGCUGUUCUCCUCGUUGCUGCCGACUGCAGGAGCAACAGCAGCAGCAGCAAGUAAGACUGGAAAAGCACCAAUAGCAGCAGAACGUGAGGAGUCAGUGUCUUCGUUAGGCGACGGGGGCCUUUCCUGGUGGGGAUUCGAUGGGGUUCCCGAGAGCGGCUGCAGCAAUAACAGCAGCAACAGCAGCAACAGCAGCAACGCCAGCCCCAGGGGAGACAGCAGCAGCCACGUGGCAGAGGCGUACUACUUCCUUUCGGAGGACUCACAGCAGCAGCAUCAGCAACGACGAGAGCAGCAGCAGCAGGCGCUUCUUCUUCGGGGAGAACAACUGAGCAGCAAGAUCUCACAAGCUGUUCAAGAUCUUUCCACCAACAUCACCGACCCUGUCAGCAGCGUCAGCAGCAGUGACAGCAACAGCAGCAAUUCAGGCGCCCUCAACAGCAGCAACAGCCGCCAGUGGGGCUUCCUGUGGCUAAGACGGCUGCUGCGAUGUUCUGCGGCGCUUCUGCCUCCUGGACUAUAUCGCGGCGGGGCCUUUUUGGGAGCAGCAGUUCAUCACGAGGCUGCUGCGUCCUCUAUGUCAGCAGCAGCAGCUGCAGUUACGGCAACAACGACAGCAGCAGCAGCAGCAGCAGCAGCAAAACAAACGCCGACCCCAGUAACAGCAGCACUAUCGCAAAAAUUUGAUGGGGGAGGCUCGAUCCAUUCUUCUGCUUUGCGAGCAGAGACCCUGCCACAGGAGGCGGUUGUUGCUGCUGCCGCUGGUAUACCUGCCGCUGCUGCUGCCGCUGCUGCUGUUGCUGCUGCUGCUGCUGCUGCUUCCAGUCCGCACCAUGAAGCAGCAGAUCCCUGUUUCCCUGCAGCACAAAGUGCAUCAGCACCAGCUGCUGCUGCUACUGCUGCUUCGGAGGACGGCAUUCCCGAUUCCAGUGAUGUUUGGCACUUGCGGAACGACGCAGCGCUUUCGCCCUUACAGCACAGUCGCCGGAGUAGCAGCAGCAGCAGCAGCCGCAGCAGCGGCAGUGGGAGCUGCUGCUCGGCGGAUGAUGCUGAGUGGAAUGAACUUUGGCACGCUGCUGCCAAGUGGGCCACUGACGGCGGGGCGUCCGCGCUGGAAGGAGAUUUGCUGAUGCUUGCUGCUGAGCUGUUGAAAGUUGCAACUGGUGUUGCAUCUGCUGCUGCGGCGUUGCAUCGCCAAGCUCUUCUGGGCCUUUUUAAAUGCCAGCAUCGGGAACAGAAAAGCAGACAGCCAAUGCCGCAGCAGCAGCAGCUGCACCAGAAGAGGCAGCAGAAGGCGCGCUGUCUGGCAGCAGAAGCAGCAAGACUCUCUCUAGAAGCUUUGGCCUUUACGGAGAGAUCCCGCAGGCUUGCAACAGACGUAGUUGGAGAGCUUUCUUGCCGCAUUGUCUUUCGCGCAGCUCUGUGUCUCGCCAGGUGGUGUCUUGCAGUCUGCAACUUCAAGGCUGGCGCAAAGAUCACUGCCUCUCCGUUUCCGCCGCUUCUGCUGCUGCCGCCUUUGCCACCGCAUCAGAGGAACCGCAGCUUGCUUCUGGUAUUGUACAGCCAGCAGCAGCAAGCGGAGCAGCAGCAAGCAACGCUCAUGCCCCCGCAGUGCGCCGCACACAGGCAGCAAACCCUUAAUGAAGAUGCAUGCUUCCUCCAAACGGCUGCGACCAAGAAAGCAGGGCUCGAGGAAAAGCCUCUUCGUGGCCCCUUGUCAACGCCUUACUCCCAAGAGUAUCAUUUGCUGCAGCAUUGGAGCCAUAUGGGCUGUUGCCACUGCAAGUUUUGUGCUGCUGCUGAGGGCUAUCUGCCAGGGGCCUUUGCUUCGCUAGGAGGCAUUUCAUCUGCACUCAGCAGCAGCAACAGCAGCAGCAAUGGGUGCAGCAGCAGCUGGAACCUGAGGUGGCCUCCUGAAGACAUGCAGAACAACGCAGCCAACAUGUAUGACUUUGUCGUUAAGAGGGCGGAGCUGCUGCUAACUUUGGUUGCAGAGCAGCUCGAUGCUGCGUCUGCUGCUGCUGCUGGGCUGGAAGCAGCUGACACAGAUAAAAGCGACAGUCGUGCUGCUGCUGCUGCUGAGCUAGAAGCAACUGACACAAAUAGAAGCCGCAGCUGCACGGCCACGGAGGAAGCUGAAGAUAUCCCGGCUGAGACUAUUGCUGCAAGGGCUCAAGGGGCGUCAGCAGAAGAAGCAGUAGGAGAAGCUGCAGCAGCAGGAGGAACUGCAGCAGCAGCAAGCAUUUCGUUUAAUUUAGGGGGCGCUUCUCGGGUAGAAGAGGAGGAAGUAAUAGCGAAUGCACCAGCAGCAGCAGCAGCAGAAAGAGCAGCUGCAGCAGCAACAGUUGCGAACACUGCAGCUGCUGCUUCAGCAGGUAUCUGUGAGGGCCUUUCUUUCAGACUGGAGGCUUCUCGCGUGCUGCUCGAAUUUAUUCACAAGGCUCAGGUGUCCAGGCAGCUCUCCGUCAAAGUUGCAGAGCUUACUAAAUGGCGACAGGAGCUGCUGCUCUUUUUUAAGGAUCUGACGCGGCGCGAGCAGCAAAGGCACCAGAAGCAGUUGCAGUUGCAACGGCAGCAGGAGCAGCUGCAGAAACAGCAGGCGCGUCAGCAGCAGCUAAAGCAGCAGCAGGUGCUGCAAAAACAAGAACAGCUGAUUCAGCAGGAAGAGCAGCAGCUGCGGCAGCAGCAGCAACAAAAACCGUAUGAGCAGCUGCCGGGGAAUCUGUAG